ACUACUUAAAAUAAUCAAAAGCAAGAUGGUUAGAUACAGCUAAAGAUUAUUCAGAUAAAGGACUAUCCACCAACAGUGCGACCAACCGCCUGCGCUUCGCCACCAGCUCGGAAUCAUGUCUGCUGUUGUACUGCAAGUCGGGCAGUGUGGAAACCAGCUGGGCCUGGAGUGGUGCAAACUGCUAAACAAGAAGUCCAACAGGUACAAGAAAAGAUGUCCUUUUAGCUCGAGGACGGGUGAAUUAGCAGCAGUGUGUGUUGACAGUGAGCCCAAAGUCCUCAGAAGAAUGCAUGAAUUUGUAAAGAAAAAUAAAAUGCAUCCGUCCAAUAUCAUUGAUGGAAAGGGAGGACUCGGCAGUAACUGGGCAUAUGGUUACCAUGGAGGUCAAGGUGAGGUUGAGAACAGCUUACUCCAGAGAACAAUGGAGGCCGUUCGGCGUGAGGCGGAAAGACGGGAUUACUAUGGUGGAACUGUUUUACUGCACAGUCUGAGUGGAGGCACAGGGUCUGGACUUGGUUCACGGCUGUGUGAAGAGAUUCGGGAUGAAUUUGCUGUUGGUCAUAUCCUGACUGUCUCUGUAGUCCCUCAUCAUAGUGGAGAGAGCCCGCUUCAGCACUACAACACGUUACUGAGCCUAGCAUCACUGCACAGGUCUGCUGAUGGCAUGCUUUUGUUUAAUAAUGAUCAUGUGUUAAGUUGCACUGGAUCUCAGCACAGCUCAGCUGCGGGACGUGGAGCCGUCUCAUGUGGUUUGCCUCAGGGGACUCUAUCAGCAAUGAACGCACACAUAAUCUCAUGCACCGCGGGACUGCUGCUGCCAGUGCAAAGUCUCAGUACAGACAGUGGCCAGAGCCUGGGAAUAGAGCCAUGGGAGUUGAUAAGGUCUGUCUGCCCAAUUCCGACAGCCAAACUACUCCACACAACUCAAGUCUCUGCAAGUGAGACAUCACACUGGGACAGUUUAGUGAGUGGAGUGCUUCAGAAUUUACCUCACCUUUCACCUGCUGGAAAGCCUUAUUCUAGUCGAGCUGUGUUAGCUGUGGCACGGGGCAACCAGGAUAACUCAUUUAUUGCUUCAAAUGUUCUGCAAAAACUGCGCCAAGGACAUAGGUGUGUCAAGUGGAAUCCAUUUCCUGUUGACCACUGGACUGAUCCCAGAAAUGAGACUGGCAUCUCCUUGUUUUCCCGCCUACUCACUGUAUGUUCCAAUCACAGCAGUGUCACAAAGUUAUUACACCACGUAGUUCAGCGUUCCAGAGAUAUGCUGGCUGCACGAGCCUACUUACACUGGUAUGAGCGUUACGGUGUGGAGACAGAUGAUUUUCAUCAGGCGUUAAGUUCACUUUCAGCUCUUAUUGAGGAAUACGACUCUCAGUGAUGCUGUGAUACAUUUAGCUGAAAUCUAAGGUUGAUAUUACAAAGUUUGUACAUGUUUUUUCUAGUAAUGUAAUUAUGUGUGAAAUGACACUGACCAGAAAGUGUUAAUUUAUAUUACCUUUAUUAAACUUGUUUUUACACUG